UCUAUGACGAUGUCCCACUGUGAGACAUAACGGGACCAAGCCGAGCAGCAUCUGGAGACCAAAAUCUCUGUCGUUCACAUUUCCCAGCGCCUGUGUUUGGUCUCACCGCCCUCCCAUCCCGCCGGACCCUCGUACCCCGGCUCUGGCCCGGCUCUGGCCCGCCUCUUCUCCCGCUACAGCCCGAACCACGAUGGCGCUGCAUCCGAGCAGGAGGAUUUAUCCCGGCGCCUUUGCCUGAGAUGGGGCCAGUGUCGCUGGUGCUGAAGCGGACUUGCUUGUUAGCCAGCUAGCGGGCUUUCCUAGCUGCAUGGACGUGGCUUUACGGGACUGAUCGCUCAUGGACAUGGUUUUUAUGGCACGGUUUGGCGCAGCGUUAUCAGGCGUUUCCAGCAGCAGCGGUGAACAUGUCCAGUACUAGCUCAUUUAUGAACUAGAGCCGUCCGGGUUAGCUGUGCGUGAGACUCCAUAUCUGUCCGUGUCUUUCUACAGUCGUGCUUGGAUGAUUCAGUGACAUUUUCUUGGCGAGUGUUUCCAGGAUGGCUCAGCUCGGGGACGGGGCUAGCGGACUGGCCUGGAUCGUGCUCAGAGCUCUGCUGCGCUUCGUCUUCAUGUUCUUCAAUAACUGCGUAGCCAUCCCCUCCUACUGCCUGUAUCUGCUUGCCCUGCAGCCACUCCGGGUCUGGGACAGCGCCACCUUCUGGUACCUGGAGGGGGUCAUGUUCAAGUGGUUGCUGGCCAUGGUGUCCUCCUGGGGCUGGAUCGCGGGAUACACAGUGACUGAGUGGGGCGAUGACGUGCGGCCGUUCUCAGAGGAAGAGGCCAUGGUGAUCGUGAACCACCAGUCGACAGGAGAUGUGUGCACGCUCAUGAUGUGCCUGCAGGACAAGGGCACUGUGGUGAGGAAAAUGAUGUGGCUCAUGGACCAUGUGUUCAAAUACACCAACUUUGGCCUGGUUUCUCUCAUCCACGGGGACUUCUUCAUCCGACAGGGUAAGGCUCACCGAGACAAGCAGCUGGUUUACCUGAAGGAGCACUUGGACCGCUACUACCACAGCCGUGACCGCAAGUGGAUCGUCCUGUUUCCGGAGGGCGGCUUCCUGCGGAAAAGGCGGGAAACCAGCCAGCUGUUCGCCAAGAAGAACUCCCUGCCCCACCUGACCCACGUGACUCUGCCUCGCAUGGGGGCUACCCACGUCAUACUCAAGACGCUGGGUGGGCAGCAGGAGAAUGGCAGUGUGACGGGGGACACCGGCAACAACAACCAAACUGGUGUAAAUAAAUCCAAAAGCCUGCAGUGGGUUAUAGAUGUGACUAUAGCCUACCCCAAAGCAAGACCUAUGGACAUCCAGACCUGGAUCUUUGGAUACAGGCCUCCAACAGUCACACAUGUACACUACAGGAUGUACCCCAUAAAGGAGGUUCCGGUGGAGGCUGAGGCCCUCACAGACUGGCUGUACCAGAGGUUUGUGGAGAAGGAGCAGCUCCUGGAGCACUUCUACAGCACAGGCCUGUUCCCUCCCUCCCCCGGCCAAAAGGGGGCAGUGUCGCGUCAGAUGACCUUGGACCCGGUGUGGUUGUGCGCGAUUCAGUCAUUUGCGUUUGCGUCGGGGUACAUGUGGUUCAGCGCACUCCAGUAUCUGUACUGCUGCGUGUUCUGAACGCCUCCGCCGGACCACCACCUGGCCCCAGCAUCUUAGCCCGGCUCCUCCCCCUGCGGGUGAAUGUACAUUUGACCAAGCGGGAAAAGCAGACAUUGGGAUUGAUCUCCUCAUCUCCUCCACCACAUAGGCUCAGGAUGCUCUCUUCGAUUUUAGCCCAUAGUUACAGACUGUUGUGUAACUGUAGUUCUGUAGGGGUCCUGUAGGGGUCAGGUUUUUACAAGGAGCUCCAUCCUAACUCCUGUUCCUCCAUUGCACUAAGGAUCGAUGAUACUGCCCUGCUCCUCCACAUUUCAAUUUUUGUGUUUUCCUUUUGGUGGCCAUUUUUGUUUUGGAAUCAUGUUUACAUUGGCUCCCUCCGCGAAAGGGAAUAACGACAACCAUGCACUGACCAUUUGAGAUUUCUCUUUUGGACUUUGAACACAAAAGAUUUUUCAGCAAAUAAUUAUGUCGCUUCACGAUUGCCAUUUGAGAGAUGGCAGAGACUACCCAUAGAUUUACAAAUAUUUAAGCCAUAUGCUUAGUGUGUCAGGACAGUGAAAAUAUAACUUUUUUAUAUAGGAACACAUUGGACAUAGUGGAGCUUGUUCUAGGUGUCAUUACUGUACAUUUACAGCAUAACCUGCCUAAUGAGUGCGAGUGGUGUGUGCAGCCAUUUUAGUUCCGUUUUAAUGUCCCAUGUUCUAAUGCUCUGUUAAGUGUUGUACAGAAAAAAAUACAAGGACGUUUUUGUUUUUGUUUUUUAUUUUCAUUCUUAAAAUGAACUUGGUCCUUGUCAUUAUGUUUUAGCUGAUUGUGAAUGUUUUCUGAGGACAACCAUAGGACCUCUCCCUCAACAAACUAGUGUUAUCCUGAUUGUGAACUGAAAUCUACCUUGUUUUGGGUCACUGUGAAAAGCCCAGUUGCAAAUCCUGAUACAGUUCUAGCUAGGGCUGGGUACCGUUUAAAGGUAUCAGUACAAUAUAGAAAAAGUGUAUAUGACAGGUUUCCAUGUUUUUCCAAUUUUGGUUUGGUGGGAUAGUACCUGUGGUAAUCAUUCAUCAUAGUUUUACAUCAUUUAAGACAAAAUGUUGAGGAUAGAAGUACAAAAAUACAGGAAGUAGCAGUGAGUUCUAAAAUGGAAUGCCUCUACAUAUGUCAUCAACACGGCAAACUCCAUCCCAAACACUGUGAACAUUUUCAACCUCCAUUUAAUAAAAUAAUCAUAACUAUUGUAUAAUUUUUACCCCUUGUUAGCAUAUCUGCUGUUCAACCAGAAAUUAAAAUUCUAGUUCACAAAAAAAAAUCUAAAUCCAGAAAACAUUUUCUGAAGAAUUUUGCCUAGUUUUAAGUACCGUAUUUUCCGAAUUAUACGUCACUCCAGAGUAUAAGUCACACCAACGAAACAAUGUGUAAUAAUGAAGAAAAAAACAUAAGUCGCACUGGACUAUCAUUCACAUUUUUGGGGGAAAUUUAUUUCAGAAAAUCCAACACCAAGAACAGACAUUGUAUCUUUAAAGGCAAGUUAUAAUAAUGGAUGAAGUGUCUUGCCUAAGGACACAACUUGGUCCAAGCGGGACUUGAUCCUCUGCAGAGCCUCCACUGUCUGCAUUUAACCUGUUCCGAGUGUUAGCUGUAGCCACAGACGUCAACAGCAACUCUGCUUGUAUCUACGGGUCCUCAUUCUGGAAAAUAGCGUGGUAUCGGAUCAGUGAUUUGGUCUGAGUACUUGCCAAUGCCGAUACCUGAAAAAAUGUGUGGUACCAGAAUAUCAGUAUCAGAACAACCCUAAUAUUAACUGUGUUUCAGUGAAAUGAGUACUCUAUCCCAGACAUGGGCAAACUACAGCCCGGGGCCACACACGUCCUUUUGGGCUUAUUAAACCGGCCAGCCGAAAGUGACCAAAUUAUAUUAAAAUAGGUAAGAGUAAACUACUUCUGUGUUUAUGUAACUGAAAUUUAAGAAAUUAAUAAUGAAUUUAAUUAAUGCAUUUGGAAAACAAAUGAGCCUUGCAUAUUCAUGCUUUGCUACAUGUUA